UAAUUGGAUUAUAUUUGAAAUAAUAAUUUUACUUUUUGUACAAGGUAUCUCGUACUUUCAAGCUAUGUGUGAAAGAAAAAUACGCGAUAUAUUUUGUAUACAAAUAUUAUGCUAAAAGGAUCGUGAAAUAAAAUUCUGCGCGACAACGAACUUCUUGCGAAUUCCUAAUUAGAAGACGUUCGACCCUCAGAAUGAAGCCCACCAGAAACUGAUGACAUUAUCGAACCUGAAUAUGGAAAUGACGAGGCCUCCUGCCCACCUAACACCCACUCCAUUCCUCAUCAAAUUCUCCGAAACUGUCUAUCAAACAACAGUACCACAUACGAGUGCCUGCGGUGAGCGCGAAUCCGGUGCAAUCUCAGUCAACGAAGAGACGCCGUCUCGCGUAGAUCAACAGGUGCUCUUUCUCGUGCAGAACACGUUCACCAGCAUGGGAAUCGCAUACGCUUGUAGUGUGGUGGCUAUGCUUGCCGUAAUCCUACUAACAGUGGAGGCUGGUGACAUGAUGCGGAAGAGCAUUGUUUUCGACAAAAAUACUCCAGAUGUGUUCUACUGCCCGCAACAGAAACCGACUGGUUUCCAGAAGAUGAUCGUGAACGCGAAACCGUUGUCAAGGCUUUGCCAAUUCGAGGGGAAACCGAUCCCACCCGAUUACAAGAGCGACUGUUACAACGACGUGGACGAGACCGAAUACGCGUGCAAAGAGAAGUACAGAAUUAUGAAGCGAUUCAGAAACAAAGCAGAGGGAGAUGAGAACACCGUGGAUGACUACGUCGACAAAUAGAUGAGAAAUUGGUGCUGCACGAUCAAGCAAUGCGUGCAAUUUUGCAAAUGGGUCCCUCCACUAAUGCUCAAGCUUGCAACCUCCAGUCCUAUAAUUACAAAACAUUUUUCUUCCCCAAAUUCAAACGUCCAAUUAAAUAGUUUAUAGAUACGAUCAGUUUAAGAAGGAAACGUAGACUAACUAGUUAAAUUAUUCAUGUUAACAUUUAAAAUGUUAUCAUACCACGUGACAAUAUUAGAAUAUAUAUUUAUAGUGAAUUCACUUUCUUAUAUAAUUUUCUUUUUUAAUUUUCAUUGUAAGUGAUAUAAAGUAUUUAAUGCUUCAUCUUUUUCUAUUUUUUAUUGUAAGAUCCAAUCUUACCGGUGCUAUUUUGUUGUUUCCGUGCUUGGUGACCGGAAUUUGUAAUAUCUUUUACGUAAUAACAUUAAUAAAACUAACAAAGGAGUUGGGCAAAUUGAUCAUUAAUUCUUCAAAUGUAGCUUCGACGGCUGAUACUUUGAUAACCGAUUGCACACUAACUUUGCAUCAUCUUGUUUCGUUUGAUUCAUUUGUGCACGUCUAAAUUGUCAGAUGGAUAUUCUAUGAUAAAAUGUAAAUUGUAAUUGUGACAAAAAUUUGGAAUGUCUUUUAUAUCUUCUAUGUGACAAAAUUACGUUUAUCUGUACUUGUGAAAAUAUAACUUGUUAAUUAACUGAAA